GGAAGUUCCCGGAUGUAAACAAGGCUUGACCGCCGUAAAAGUGUGUCCGGGUAGGGGUUGGAGUCGGCGGGUUGUUCCUCUGGGGUCUUCCCCUAGGCAGACGUAGGGGCGUCACCAGAUAACCAGGACCAUGUCGGCUGCUGUUACAGAAGCAAUAAACACUGGCCCCCCAGGGGGAUCAAAUGACAUGGGUUUGGAAGAGCCAAAGAAAAUGACAAGGGAAGACUGGAGAAAGAAGAAGGAGCUAGAAGAACAAAGAAAGCUGGGUAAUGCCCCAGCUGAAGUAGAUGAGGAAGGAAAAGAUAUCAAUCCUCAUAUUCCGCAGUACAUCUCCUCUGUGCCAUGGUAUAUAGAUCCAUCAAAAAGACCCACACUAAAGCAUCAGAGACCCCAACCUGAGAAACAAAAAGAGUACAGUUCAUCUGGAGAGUGGUAUAAGAGGGGCGUAAAAGAGAAUAUUGUGACUACAAAAUAUCGCAAAGGAGCAUGUGAAAACUGUGGGGCUAUGACGCAUAAAAAAAAAGACUGCUUCGAGAGACCUAGACGUGUUGGUGCCAAAUUCACAGGAACUAACAUAGCACCAGAUGAACAUAUACAACCUCAGCUUAUGUUUGACUAUGAUGGUAAAAGAGAUCGGUGGAAUGGCUACAACUCAGAGGAGCAUAUGAAGAUUGUGGAAGAAUAUGCCAAAGUUGACCUGGCUAAACGUACACUGAAAGCUCAGAAGCUGCAGGAAGAAUUAGCCUCAGGAAAGUUAGUGGAACAGGUGAAUUCCCCAAAACAUCAGUGGGGAGAAGAAGAACCAAAUUCUCAAACGGAAAGAGACCAUAAUAGUGAAGAUGAGGAUGAAGAUAAGUAUGCAGAUGAUAUUGAUAUGCCUGGACAGAAUUUUGACUCUAAAAGACGAAUUACAGUCCGGAACCUUAGGAUUCGAGAAGACAUUGCUAAAUACUUGCGAAAUUUAGAUCCCAAUUCUGCCUAUUAUGAUCCAAAAACAAGAGCAAUGCGAGAGAAUCCCUAUGCCAAUGCAGGAAAGAAUCCUGAUGAAGUUAGUUAUGCAGGAGACAAUUUCGUUCGGUACACUGGAGAUACAAUUUCAAUGGCGCAAACACAGUUGUUUGCCUGGGAAGCUUAUGACAAAGGGUCUGAAGUGCAUCUCCAAGCAGAUCCAACAAAAUUGGAGUUGCUGUAUAAAUCAUUUAAAGUCAAGAAAGAAGAUUUCAAAGAACAACAGAAAGAAAGCAUCCUGGAGAAGUAUGGAGGUCAAGAACACCUGGAUGCUCCCCCCUCUGAGUUACUGUUAGCUCAAACAGAAGACUAUGUGGAAUAUUCAAGACACGGAACAGUCAUCAAAGGACAAGAGCGAGCUAUCGCCUGCUCUAAGUAUGAAGAGGAUGUCAAGAUCAACAAUCACACACAUAUCUGGGGUUCCUACUGGAAAGAAGGUAGAUGGGGGUACAAGUGCUGUCACUCCUUUGUCAAGUUUUCCUACUGUACAGGAGAAGCUGGGAAGGAAAUUGCUAAUGCAGAUGAAUAUAUUCCUGAUGAUGCCGUGGGAGAAGAGCAAGCGAGCAGACCAAAAACUCUAAUGGAGCUUCACCAAGAGAAACAGAAAGAGGAGAAGAAGAAGAAAAAGAAGAAGAAACACAGGAAGAGUAGUUCUGACAGUGAGGGUGAAGAAAAGAAGAAACAUGAAAAACUGAAAAAGGCACUAAAUGCUGAGGAGGCCCGUCUCCUCCAUGUCAAGGAGAUCCUGCAGCUAGAUGAGAGGAAGAGGCCCUACAAUAGCAUGUAUGAAGCCCGAGAGCCUACCGAGGAGGAGAUGGAGGCAUACAGGAUGAAACGCCAGAGGCCAGAUGACCCCAUGGCUUCUUUCCUUGGACAGCAAUGACAUGACUUAGAUGGAGAUUCAGGACACCCUACUUGUAUAUAUUCUUUUUCGUCUCUUGGUUAACAAAGAAGGAAAAAUCCACAUUUGUUAUUCUUACUAUCUUUUAAAUAAAUUUCUGGAACCCUUUCA